ACCGUCCAUCCAGGAAAAAUAGAACCGUCACACUGCAAACUGUUCUCCUGUUGCUGUGACGGACUGAAGACACAACUGACAGGAGGCGGGGAUCAGUUCGAUUUGGAGAGAUCUUCUCAUUAUGUUACCUCAACACUUGAAGCAGAUCAGAGUCCUAAUGCUUAACGACAAAGAAAAUCUCGAGAGAACUCUGUUCAGACUUGAACAAGGGUUUGAGCUGCAGUUCCGCCUGGGUCCCAGCCUGCAGGGGAGGAGGGUUAUGGUCCACACCAACUACCCGCUAGAAGGACAGAAGUUUGACCGAAACAACUUUCGUGUUUUGGCUUGGAGCUACCCAACAGGAAGAGAGGAUGACUCGGAUAAGUACUGCUCUCUGGAGCUCAAGAUCGCUGGCUCCUAUCAGUACUACUUUGGAUAUGCCCUGGUUUCUAAACAAUCGGUGCAAGACAUUGAGCGGUCAGGAGGAGGCUACAUCGUAGUCGAUCCAGUCCUUCGUGUCGGAGCAGACAAUCACGUCCUUCCGUUAGACUGCAUCACCAUCCAGACCUACCUGUCCAAAUGUCUGGGCCACAUGGAUGACUGGCCAGAUAGACUGAGAGUGGCCAAGGAGGCAGGGUACAACAUGAUCCACUUCACUCCUCUGCAGACUCUAGGAGAGUCCAGGUCCUGUUACUCCUUAGCUGACCAGCUCACCUUCAACCCCGAGUUUAGUCCAAAGGGUCAAAGCUACAGCUGGGAGGAUGUGGGGGCGCUGGUGGAGAAGCUGAGGACAGAGUGGAACAUGCUGUGUAUUACCGAUGUGGUGUACAAUCAUACUGCUGCUAACAGUGAGUGGAUAAAAGAACAUCCAGAGUGUGGUUACAACCUGGUGAACUCUCCUCACCUGCGUCCAGCCUGGGUGUUGGACAGAGCUGUUUGGCAUUUAACCACCAGAGUAGCAGAGGGACGCUACAAAGAUAAAGGACUCCCGGCAGAGAUUACCACUGAGAGCCAUCUGAAUGCCAUGCGCAAAGUGUUGUGGGAGGAUGUGUAUCCUCACAUCAAACUAUGGGAGUUCUACCAGGUCAACGUGGACAGCGCUGUGGAGCAGUUCAAACUCCUGCUGCAAAAUGGCACCAAGCCAGACCAUAGUAAGACUGGAGGGAAGAAAGGCCUGAAGAUCACACAGGACCCACAUUAUCGUCGUUUUGGUAACACAGUGGACAUGGACUCUGCUCUGGAGACAUUUGUGCCUCACAGCUCCUCCCCACAGCACAUCGAGGACUGCUGUGGUUGGCUGAAACAGAAACUGAACGAGCUGAAUGAAGAACAGCAUCACAUCAUGCACCAGCAUCAGGAGCAGGCCACCAACUGUAUUGUGGGAAACGUAGUGUAUGAACGUCUGGCCAACCACGGCCCCAAACUGGGUCCUGUUACCAAGAAGGACCCUUUGGUCACCAGGUAUUUCACUUUCCCGUAUCAGGACAUGACUCUGGAGCAGGAGCUGCAGCUGCUCGAUCAGCCGGACAAGACGUCGCACUUCCUGGCUCACAACGGUUGGGUGAUGGGCGAUGAUCCGCUGCGCAACUUUGCUGAACCAGGCUCCAACGUUUACCUGCGUCGGGAGCUGAUCUGCUGGGGUGACAGUGUCAAACUCCGCUAUGGCAAAGGACCAGAGGACUGUCCAUACCUGUGGGCUCAUAUGCAGAAAUAUACUGAAAUCACUGCCCAGCAUUUCCAUGGAGUCAGACUGGACAACUGCCACUCUACACCGUUACAUGUUGCUGAGUUCAUGCUGGAUGUGGCCAGAAGAGUGUGUCCUAACCUGUAUGUGGUGGCUGAGCUAUUCACCGGCAGCGAGGAGCUGGAUAAUAUCUUUGUUACCAAGCUAGGAAUCACAUCACUCAUACGAGAGGCCAUGUCAGCUGGAGACAGCCAUGAAGAAGGCCGGCUGGUGUAUCGCUACGGAGGCGAGCCGGUAGGAGCUUUUGUUCAGCCCAGCCUCCGCCCACUGAUUCCCUCCAUCGCUCACGCCAUGUUCCUCGAUGUAACCCACGACAACGAGUGUCCCAUCCAGCUCCGUUCAGCUUUGGACUCUCUGCCCAGUUCUGCUAUUGUCUCUAUGGCCUGCUGUGCUACUGGCUCCACCAGAGGAUACGAUGAAUUAGUGCCACAUCAGAUCUCUGUGGUGAAAGAGGAGCGAUUUUACCCCAAGUGGAACCCAUCAGCAGCCCCGACCUCAACUGGUGAGGUUGGACCCCACACUGGUAUCAUUGCUGGAAAACUAGCACUUAACAAACUACACCAGGAACUGGCUGCUCAGGGAUUCAUGCAGGUGUACGUCGACCAGGUGGAUGCAGAUAUUGUUGCAAUUACUCGUCACUGUCCCAGCACCCACCAGUCAGUGGUAGCAGUGAGCAGAACAGCCUUCUGGAACCCCAAAACCCACGAGUACGGCGUCAAUGUGCCGCCCAUGUUCAUACCUGGGAAGAUUGAGGAAGUGGUGUUGGAGGUGAGGACAGUGGAGCGCCAAGCUGGGAGUUAUAAGAAGGAUGACGGCUACAUCAACGGGAUGCCAGAAUACACCGUGGAAAUAAAAGAACAUAUACCGUUGGAGGAGAGUACGGUGGUGAAGCAAGCUGGAGUGACAUCUAAAGGUCCAUCCGAGUUUGUGCAGGAAAUCACCUUCCAGAAGUUGACGCCAGGCAGCGUCAUCGCCUUCCGAGUUAGUUUGGACCCCAAAGCCCAGAAGCUGGUGGGGAUGCUGAGAUAUUAUCUGUCCCAGUUCAGCCCAAAGUACAGGAGAGGCAGCCUGGCAGAUGAAAACCCACCAGAAGCUCUGCAGAAACCCCUCACACAGUUGAUGUCAAAGCUGACGUUGGCGGACUUAAACGUCUUGCUGUUUCGCUGUGACACAGAGGAACAGGAGGAUGGUGGAGGCUGUUACAACAUCCCAGGCUGGGAGAGUCUGAAAUACGCAGGACUGCAAGGUCUGAUAUCAGUGUUGGCUGAUAUCCGUCCCAACAAUGACCUGGGCCACCCGUUGUGUGCAAACCUCAGACAGGGAGACUGGCUCAUCGAUUUUGUCUCCAACAGACUGAUAAACAGAGAAGGACCGCUGGCUCAGGUGGGUCAGUGGUUGGCAGCCAUGUUUAACCUCCUGAAACACAUCCCACGUUACCUUGUUCCCUGUUACUUUGAUGCCAUCCUGGUGUCGAUCUACACCACAGCCCUGGACGCAACUUACAAACUCAUGUCAAGCUUCAUCCAGAACGGCUCCAGCUUCGUCCGUCACCUGGCGCUGGGUUCAGUUCAGCUGUGUGGCGUCGGACGCUUCCCUGCUCUGCCUCCACUUUCUACACAACUGGACGGCGUCCCGUACCGCAUCAGUCCAAUCACAAGCCAGAAGGAGCAGUGCUGCGUCUCACUGGCAGCAGGUCUUCCUCAUUUCUCUGCUGGGAUUUUCCGUUGCUGGGGCAGAGACACUUUCAUCGCUCUCAGAGGACUGAUGAUAAUUCCUGGAAGACACAUCGAGGCUCGUAACAUCAUCCUGGCCUUUGCCGGGACUUUGCGUCACGGUUUGAUCCCCAACCUGCUGGGAGAAGGUCGCUGUGCCAGAUACAACUGCCGGGACGCUGUGUGGUGGUGGCUGCAGUGCAUCCAGGACUACACUGUCCAUGUUCCCCAAGGGCAUGAAAUCCUCCGCUGCCCCGUCACGCGCAUGUACCCGACUGACGACUCUGAACCCUGCAAACCUGGAGAGGUGGAGCAGCCUCUGUAUGACGUGAUCCAGGAGGCUCUGCAGCGCCACCUGGAGGGAAUUUCUUACAGAGAGAAAAAUGCUGGACCCAAGAUAGACAUGAACAUGAGAGAUGAAGGGUUCAACGUGGUUGCUAAGGUGGAUCAUACCACAGGUUUCGUGACCGGAGGAAACCGCUUUAACUGCGGUACAUGGAUGGACAAAAUGGGAGAAAGCGAUAGAGCGAGGAACAAAGGCAUGCCUGCUACUCCCAGGGACGGAGCAGCAGUGGAGAUAGUUGGUCUCAGUAAAUCAGCAGUUCGCUGGGUGGUGGAGCUUCACGCCAAAGGACUGUUCCCUUAUGACGGCGUUAAAGUGACCACAAAUGGUAAUAAAGGGUUCAUCUCAUACUCCCAGUGGAACCAGCAGAUCCAGCAGUGCUUUGAAGCAGCGUUCUGGGUGUCUGGGGAACCAAAUGACCCCAACGAGAAGCACCCCGACCUGGUGCACAAGAAGGGAAUCUAUAAAGACAGCUACGGAGCCUCCAGUCCCUGGUGUGACUACCAGCUCAGACCCAACUUCACUAUCGCCAUGGUGGUGGCUCCAGAGCUGUUCUCUGUGGAGAGAGCCUGGAAAGCUUUGGAUGUGGCUGAGAAGAAAUUACUGGGACCACUGGGAAUGAAAACACUGGACCCCGAUGACAUGGUGUACUGCGGUGUCUACGAUAAUGAUCUGGACAAUGACAACUACAACCUGUCAAAGGGCUUCAACUACCACCAAGGACCGGAGUGGCUGUGGCCAGUCGGCUACUUCCUUCGUGCUAAACUCUACUUUGCCAGGAAGCUGGGAGAGGAAACUUACACCAAGACAGCCAUUCUGGUGAAAAAUGUUCUGUCCCGACAUUUUACUCACUUGGAGAGGUCUCCAUGGAAGGGCCUGCCAGAGCUGACCAAUGAGAACGGCCAGUACUGCUCAUUCAGCUGUGAGACGCAGGCCUGGUCUCUGGCCACCAUGCUGGAGGUCCUCUACGACCUGUAGAGGAGCUCCGACUCAGUCUGUGGAUCACCAGCCACCUCCGACUCCUUCCCCUGUGAUCUCAGUGGUUUCUGUGCUGCAUUCGCGUGACUGACUCAGUGAAUAGUUAGUCCUGUCAUAGCAUUUUAAGAUUCAAGUCUCUGCACCAGCACCGUCUGUUAUUAAAACACAACCUGCCACCGAUCCAAGCACGGCACAGUCAAUGUCAGAGUUUUUCGGUCGUCACUCUGGCCCGGUGAUGUCGACAUGGAGACUUUACGUGUUUCAAACUCUCCAAAGUGUCUCUUAUCCGUCGAGGUGGUUCAUGUUGGCCUCACUGACUGAAUUUAAGGAUGUUUUUCAGGUGGAAUUCUCAGAAAAUAUGGUAGAGGUUAAGGAGUUGCUGACUAAUCUCUUUGUUCACCUUUCAUGUCCAGCAGCUGAGCUCACAAGCUGUAUGAGAAGCUUAGAAAUGUGGUGUUUCCAGCAGAAUUCCACAGCUGAAAGCUAAAGUGUUGUAAAGGACGGACCUCAUAUUUCACCUUUCCCCCGGGUCAUAAAUGUAGCACGCUUCCAGGUUGAGCCAUUAUUCAAAAAGAAGUAGCGACCGCCGAACUGAUAUGAUGUCUUCACUGUUUAUUUUCCAGAGAAUACACACAGCCACACAUUUACUGUACACAAUGAUAUCAAGAACACAUGAGUGAUCCAUAUCAAGACAGCGUUUAGUUAGUACAUUGUCUGUUCUGAGGGAGUUAAAUUCUGCGAUAGGUUAUUUAUUACCGAUUACAUAUCAACACCAGCCACUGUGCAUCGAAGCACUUUGACCCCACAGCAGCUCGUCUAACAAAAAAGGGCAGAACUUACUUGUAGCUGAUUUAUAAACAAUCAGAAAACAAGUCUUUUGUACUGAAAAUGUAAUUGUGUCCCUUCGUGCAUUUAAAUCCUACCUCUGACUGUCACAGCCUCCUGUGUCUGAAGUGACCUACAGUGAACUCCUGGUUAUAGACUGAUGAGAAGCUGCUGCAGCAGUGAUGCACGGCUGCUUCAAGUCGAUUCAGUCUGUAGCUGAACCCGCCUCAUGCCUUGAUAGAUCUAACGUAAAACACAUUUCCUGCCGAUGGUCUUCCACGUCACUGCAGUUUCCCCACAAGCCUUAUGAUGUAGUUACACUUUCUGCUGCGGCAUCGUUAUACAGCUGUGUUUCCUGUUCUAAAGCCAGUUUUGUGCAUGGACGUUGUUGUUAAGGUUUCUAAACUAGUGUGUUUCCACGUUGAAUAUCUCAGCACAUGACCUCCACGUUGUAGAUGUUACACACAGUGAACUUUUAACAAACACAGCAAACCUUUCUCUCCGAGAGAAGGAGCAGAAAUACAACAGAAUAUAAAUGAAAUGUGUGCUAAGAAAAGUCUCUGUAUUUGAUCACUUUCAGCUUCACUGGUGCCAUUUGUUCUGUGUUUUAAAACCUCUCGUCACAUGACCUGGUAAACAGUGGUCAAGGAUUUAGUGAUUAACUGCUGUACACUUUGACGAUGCAUCAUGUCGUAACGUCAACAAACAUAUCUGUCACGUCGUCUGCAAUGUUGAUGUUGUUUACUCGUAGCUGUAGACAAAGCAAUGCUAAUAAACUGUUACAUGAG